CGAUUUCGUAUCCAUUCCUCAGUCGGCUAUUUUUAAGUUUUUUCGCGCACAAGACACUUGGAUCUGUGGACUACCCCUAUGUCGGUUCGCUGACCGCCAUGUUAACGUUAUCUCGUACGGGAUUAUUGGCUGAUUUGUAAGUCUUGCAGGAGGUGUGUGGUGUGGCCGAGUACAGAACUGACCGACUGACUGUCUGACUGACUACCACUAUGGCACUACAUAUGUAUGAACGGGUGAUCAGCCUGAUUACCAAAGAACCCGAUGCACGAAAAGAAGCCGAUAUUGAAUCAAUUUUACCAUGGAUUUUUAACAAGAGUAAUUUGUUGAAGGGUUUACAAAAAGAUGUCGCAAUAGAUAUCAUAAAAAACUGUGAAUUCAGAAAGGUUCCCGAAGACACGGUUAUUAUACGACAAGGGGAACGGGGCGACAGUUUUUACAUUACUCUUAAUGGCGCAGUGUCUGUUAUGAUCAAUGCUCAACUUGAAGACCAAGACAAUAAAACUACAAAAACUACGAAGAGUCGGAAGAAGAGUGAAGAAAAGGAAAAAAGUCGACGGAUUUCCGAAGAAAAGAGACGAAAAGUGAGUGAAGAGAAACAACGCAGGGUGUCACAAGAGAAGAGUAGGAGGACGUCACGAGAAUCGGGGGGAGCAGCGAGUAGAAAAACAUCCACAGAAAAUAAACAACCAAUACAAGCUGAGAAACCGAAGCCAGUUGUCGAAGAGGAAGUAGAGAAACAAGUAGAAGAGAAACCCAAAACACCGGCGCGAAGAGUAGUCGAAACAUCGUCUUCGUCUUCAUCAUCAGAGGAUGACGGUGAUGAUGAGGAGGAGGACGAAGAGGCAGGCCCUACCGAACCAACGUCAAAUCUUCCAAAGGAAAAGAAAAAAGAUGACAAGAAAUUAGACCGUACGCCGUUUGGUCAACACAUUGUCCAAUUAGGUGGUGGCAAAAGUUUUGGUGAGAUCGCGUUGAUACAGAAGAAUUGUAUCCGGACAGCUUCCAUUAUCGCUGAUACAGUGUGUGAUAUCAUUGUAGUCAACAGAGAUCUCUAUACAAGGUGUCUCAAAGCGGCGCAAGAAGCAGAAUUUAGAGCCAAACAUGACUUUAUCAAUAAUUUCCCUCUAUUCAAAAAAUGGAAUCCCAAAUUCCGAAAUCUUAUAGCAAUGAGUUUACGGAAAAGUCAUGUACGCUACAACCAUACUAUAGUAAGACAAGGCGAGAAGCUACGCGGUAUAGUGUUCAUAGCCAAGGGACAAGCCAAAGUGUCAAUCGAACCAGCCCUUAGCAAACAGCAAUAUCCGGAACUAUUUCCACAGAAGGACUCUAUAUACGCUGAGCUUAGGAAAGAUAAAACUGAUCUUAUACUAAAAAACAACAAAACGUCCGAUGUUCGGAAAAGUGGUCCCGAUAUUGCUCGUCGAAGAGAUGGUUAUGUGGCAGCAGAGAGGCAACGAACAGAGAAAACUGUUGAUAUAUGUGUUGUUGGAGUCAAUGAAAUGAUAGGCGACGUCGAGGCUGUUCUCAAAAUGGGAACUUACAUGCAGACUGUUACAAGUAUGGAAACUGUGGACAUAUUUGAGUUAAAUUUGAAUAACUUCGAGCGUCUACUUAUCAAGAAAAAUCCGUCAACUGUAGAUAAUAUGAAACUUAAUAUAGAAACCAAAUUACGAUCAAGAUUAGAAAGAUGCGACAUGAUAAAAAAGGGGCAGGUACCUAUCUUAGAAACACUGGUUGAGAAAUUCACAGAAAUAAACACCCCAGCAUCUAGGAAACCUAUGAAGAAGAGAGCAGACAUGGAAAGUGCCCCGUUGUUGAACGAUACGGCGUAUCUCAGUUCGCUGUCUGAAAGGAAAAAACAGAGGGAUUUUUUGCGACGAAGGCAGCGCGAGAGGCGAAUCAAAGCCCAGCAGUUAAUAAAGGCACUCACGGCACAUGCGGCUUCCAAUAUGAAUACCAGUUUACAUACAUUAGAUCACAAAGUGCUCGAAGAGGCACUUCAAACGGGUGCAUUAGAUGCAACGGCAACCCUCAGGACUGGUAAUAUUACGUUAAAUCCAAUGGCAGCAAAGGACGCCAAUUUUAACCCCAAUGCACUGACGAGCACUGGUCAAAUGCCUGGUUCAAUCUUGCCGUCGCAACCCGUACAACGUUCUGCCAAACCCGCACCAGAUUAUGUCUCAAAACCGUGGUUGAAAAGAAGCAAUAGCCCGUUUCGUAGUCCGACGGUGAUGUCGUAUAGCAGUACUCAGGCUACGUCGACUGCCGAUUCCACGUACGGGGAUAGUCGAACCGAUGAUGAAGAGGAUGUAGACAAUGUUAUUGAGGAUAACGAGACUGAAAUAUCGACCCUGGAGACUAAAAUCCGUGCUUGGUGCUUAAAUGCAAAUGGCAGGACGGCUGGCAAAGGAUAUUUUCCCAAACUACGGCGUCUUUCCGAGCUAGAAAGAGACCAUUUAUUGAGAUCUAAACUUCCUCACAGAUUCAGGCAGCGUUCUCAUGUGGGCGGGAAAAGAGAAUUUCUCCGGGGAACCACGGUUCCUGCUACAGGUUAUAUGUUCUACAACGGAUAUAAUUCUGAUAAUUAAAAACUAUCUUGACUGUCUCUUUAUAAACAAGGACUAUUUAAGAGUCAGUUCACGAAGGCUUUGUUUAGUGCUAAUAAUGUAUAUAUACAAAUAAAGCCAAUAUCGUCACUGUGACAUGAUGUGUUGCCAUAUGUAUAAAAUGAAUCACUAAUUUUAAAAAAUGUGUAAAUUUAUAAUUUCGUUUUUGUCACAUAUAUAUUAACUUUCUAGUAACGCGGCAGGGAAUUCACCGGUCAUGUGACAUUCGAACAUUUUUUUUAUCUAUCUAGUAUGUCAGUGAGUAUGUCGUAAAUGAUGCAUUUCCAGAUUCUAGCAAACAUGUCUCUCCACUGUAAUUUUGUUCCGCCAAUCUCCUGUGAACAUUAGGCGUGAAAGCCCUUAUCCCGGACGUCCACAGUUUUUGAUUCUAAAUAUUGCGUGUUAAUCUUUUUUAUAAGAAUUUUGUGUGUUAUUUUUAUGACCAAAACUCGUUAUUGAAAAUGAAGCUAACAUAUUUUUAACGAAGUUGUCAUAAUUCAGGUCCCCUUUUACCAAUUUAAAAGUACUAUGACAUCUCAUAUUUAAUUAGGCCACUGUAGUUAUGUCUGCAUUUCUUAGCGUUUUGUAUUAUUCUGUCGGACUCCUGCGAUCCAUUUGAGGUGAAGCGGGUAUUUGUUAAAACAUGGAUUCAUUUACCAUAUAUUUAUGUUUUGUGUUUUCAAAAAGUACUGCUUGUUAGUGUUUAUUAUGGUAACUCUAAGAUUUACAAGUAAUACUAAGUUUAUGCUAAGUUGUAAAUUCUAUAUUAUUUAUCUGAAAUUUGUGCCAACUAAAUAUUUAAUAUUUGUA